GCGUGUUUCCGCCCGGAUCAUACUUGUCCGUACCCUAAAACGGAAAUACGUUUAUGAAGCAACAGCGCUGCAUGUAAACAAAAAGACAGCAAUUGAGUCAAAUUAAAUGUUUGUGGCGCUUCAGUCUUCAUCAAAGGACAGCCUGGAUACGACUGAUAUGCUGCCGUGUUAACCAUCUGUGAAAGGAGGGAGGGACGAUAUUACGCCAUGGAACACACACAAACGCUUGAUCAUCACCGGACGCUUGACGCUGACAUAAAGUUGUACCUAUGCGGCGUGUGCGGCAAAUCCCUUAGUGACAGUCGCUCUCUGUCCCGCCACAAAUUGACGCACUCGACUGAGCGUGCUCACGGCUGCCGGACGUGCGGGCGAUGCUUCAAGUUGGCAGAAACGCUGCGGCAGCACGAGAAGAUCCACGUGCGAGGAGAGCGCACAUUCCUGUGCGAUAUAUGUUGCCAGAUGUUCUGGAGUAGCGAGCAGCUGAAUGUGCACAUUCGGCGCCAUAGCAGUGAGCGGCCUCACCGCUGCCACUUGUGCAGCAGGGGCUUCGCCGCUAGAGGGCUCCUGACUGUGCACAUGCGUGUGCACACGGGCGAGGCGCCUUACCACUGCCCUGACUGCGGCCUGUCCUUUAAACGCAAAGUGCACUUGGACAACCACAUGACUAUCCACUCGGGCGCCAAGCCCUUUGUGUGCGGCGUGUGUGGCAAAGCCUGCGCUAGGAGGACCUACCUGACCGUGCACAUGAGGACGCACAGCGGCGAGCGUCCUUACAAGUGCAGCGUGUGCGACAGAGCCUUCACACAGAGUCACUGCCUGAAGACACACAUGAAAAGCCACCAGGAGGAGCCAGCCUACCAAAGAUUGCAGUGACACACUUGCGUGCAGAGGGUCCCUGUCCGGUCUUUCUGAACUUUACCGGCAUCCCAUCAUCCUCCACCUUUCUGUCUGUGACGUCUCCAUGCUGCCAGUAAAUUAGCCUGCUAAUCAUUAUUAUUUUUUGGCUUUCUUUAUCGUCACAAAUAAUAAAUGGCAGAUUCCACAUACUGA